UGCACGGCACAGUUUGAGGCUGCCUGGUGUUUGACCAACUUAACCUCGGAUGAUCCACAAAUCACUGCCUUUGUGGUGUCAUGCGAUGCCAUCUCACCCCUGAUACAGUGCCUCAGCAACAGUGCAGUUGAGCUUCAAGAACAGGCGGUAUGGGCGCUGAGUAACAUUGCCGGUGACAAUGAACAAAUGCGUGACCGCGUCCUGAGCAUGGGCGCCCUCGAUCAAGUGCUGAGGCUCAUUGUGACGGGCGAAGUCGACUCGUUGAUCAAAACCGCCGUGUGGACCCUGGCCAACCUGUGUCGUGGCCGCCGACCCUUGGUUAACCUUGAAAUCAUGAAGCCUGCCCUCAGUGUCUUGCACCGCCUGGUGUACAGCAAUGACCCCGAGAUUCUCAAAGAUGCAUGCUGGAGCUUGAGCUACUUGGCUGACGGCACCGACGAGCGAGCCGAAGCCGUCAUCCUGGCCGGUGUUGUUGGGCCUCUUGUGUCGUUGCUCAGCCAUCCGUCCUUUGCCGUGGUCUCCCCUGCACUGCGUGCGCUUGGCAACAUCGCCUCGGGCAACGACCGACAGACACAGAUUGUGCUGAAUAAUCACAUUUUGCCCGCGCUUCGAACCCUAUUAAGCUGCUCACGAGAGAACAUUCGAAAGGAAGCUUGCUGGGUUGUCUCGAACAUUUGCUGUGGCACUACUUUCCAAGUCAAAGAAGUGGUGGCCGCCAAUAUUUUUCCUCAAAUCUUCAAGCUCGUGCACGAAGGCAUGUUCAAGACACAAAAGGAGGCCACCUUUGCCAUUGCCAACGCAACACAAUCGGGCACUCCAGAGCACCUGCGAUACAUGGCCUCCAAGGGAGCCAUCCCGGCUCUGUGCUCGAUGCUUGACAAGGAGGACCCAAAGAUUAUUGCUACGGCGCUCGAUGGUCUUGAUAACCUCCUGCAACUGGGCCAUCGCAGUCGGCACGAGCCAAACGAAUUUCACGACCUCAUCGAAAACUGUGGUGGCAUUGAUAUGCUACAGGACCUGCAGACACACGAGAGCGACGAUCUGGCUGAACGGGCGAGCCGGCUGAUCGAAACCUACCUUCAGUGGGACGAUGAA